GACGUCUGCUCAGAUAAAAGCCCAGUUCAGGGAAGGCUCUGUCUUCAGGAUCCCAGAGAAACUUGAGGCUUCUCCAUGAGGGGAAAAAAAAUGGAACCCACAGGCACUGGCAACUGGAGGAUGUAAUUAUCCGAGGACGUGGCAAACUCUGGAGGCUGAGAGAAGGAGUUCUCACACCAACAAGAAAGGUGAGCCUGGGGUCUUCAAAGGCAGCACGCCCAGGGCCUGCCACGUGGCCUCCUAGCGGGCACACUUCACGGCUGGGUGAGAAAUGCUUGGAAACUUGGGUGCUCCCUCCUGGGUAGCUUAUAAAAGCCACCCUAGGUCCUGCUCCUUAAGGAGAGGUGACGGGGACGGGGAAGAAGCCAGGCAGGGAGGGCAAGGGUUCAGACCAGGCCAAUGCUCGCCGCCUCCAUCUUCCGUCCGACACUGCUGCUCUGCUGGCUGGCUGCUCCCUGGCCCACCCAGCCUGAGAGUCUCUUCCACAACCGGGACCGCUCGGACCUGGAGCCAUCCCCACUGCGCCAGGCCAAGCCCAUUGCUGACCUCCACGCUGCUCAGGUAGGAGGAAGCUGGAAGAACAGCAAUACCCCCAGGCCUGUGCACGUGCACACAGGCACAUGCACACGCACGCACAGGCACAUGCACACGCACGCACAGGCACAGGCCAGGAUGCCGGCUGUGCAGAGGCAGACAAGGGCCAGGCAGGCUGCGCUGGGAGGGAGGAGUGGCUCCUGUGGCUCCUAUUGGAACAACCACGAAUCGAUGCUUAACCUGAUUCGACAAUCCCACAGGUCAGCCCUAGUGAGAAAGAAAUGUCAGUGCGCAGACAACAGACUCAAAUGCCAAGUGCCUUUCCAAAGGCAAGCAUGUGAUACUGUAGGGCCAAGGCACUGUCCGAAGGCAUUCUGUGGCUGCUCACCAUGCCAAUCUCUGGAUGUAGAGAAGGGGACAGCCCUGCAAGGUUCCCCAACACCGCAAUUGUAAGGAUCCUAACAGCUGUCUGUGGUGGCAUCCGUGGACUUCACCGGAGUCUGUGGUGAAGCACCCAGGAGGGCCAAUGCAGGCGAUCCCCUCCUCCAGAGAGUCGUGGUGGGGGGCAGGGAGUGGACCCAUGAGGCCCCUUCACCUGCUCUGGCACGUGGUCCUGUGGUCACCAUAGGCCAGGAGCUGAUGCUCAGGGUCAAGUCCAAUCCCCAGCUCCCACGGUGCCCCAGAGGCCAGGGCAGGGAGCAGGAGAGCCGCCCUGUGGCCAGGCCCGCAGCCGCGUGGAGGCCGCUGACCUCCCUCCCGCUGUGCGGCCAUGAGGAAGCCCCCCAGGUCCUCAGACCCAACCACUGCCAAGCCCCUCAGUUCCAAUUCCCAGCUCUCAGGACGUGCCUCCCAUGGCUUUCUCUGCGGUGUGGCCACGCCUGGACUUCCUUGGCACCCCCUACCUGCCCCGCACGACCUGCCCUGCGUGACCUGCCCCGCAAGGCCGGGGGGAGCGUCUUCCUCCCCCGCGACCUCUUACCUCCUCCCGGCACUCGCCCACCCCGCUGCCCAGGUCUCCUGCUCCUCCGGCCCUAGGGCGCCUCUGACUCAGCCUGGUGCCCGUCCAGGGCCCGCACUCAGGAAGGCGCCCAGGACUCGCUCCUUCUCUCCUGUCUACCUCUCUCCUGUCUCUGUCUCUCACUGCCGCUCUCUCUGUAUCUAUCUCUCUCUGUCUUCCUGUUUCUAUUGCUAUCUCCAUCUGUUUCUCCCUGUCUGUCUCUCUGCUUCUAUCUGUCUGUCUCUAUCCCCAUGUCUCUGUCUCUCUAGACUUUGGGGCAGGGCAGCCCGGGAGGGCCCCGAGCGAGGCGGCCCAGAUUAGGGUGCCUUUCUCUCCCACAGCGGUUCCUGUCCAGAUACGGCUGGUCAGGGGUGUGGGCGGCCUGGGGGCCCAGUCCCGAGGGGCCGCCGGAGACCCCCAAGGGCGCCGCCCUGGCCGAGGCGGUGCGCAGGUUCCAGCGGGCGAACGCGCUGCCGGCCAGCGGGGAGUUGGACGCGGCCACCCUAGCGGCCAUGAACCGGCCGCGCUGCGGGGUCCCGGACAUGCGCCCACCGCCCCCCUCCGCCCCGCCUUCGCCCCCGGGCCCGCCCCCCAGAGCCCGCUCCAGGCGCUCCCCGCGGGCGCCGCUGUCCUUGUCUCGGCGGGGUUGGCAGCCCCGGGGCUACCCCGACGGCGGAGCUGCCCAGGCCUUCUCCAAGAGGACGCUGAGCUGGCGGCUGCUGGGCGAGGCCCUGAGCAGCCAACUGUCCGCGGCCGAGCAGCGGCGCAUUGUGGCGCUGGCCUUCAGGAUGUGGAGCGAGGUGACGCCGCUGGACUUCCGCGAGGACCUGGCAGCCCCCGGGGCCGCGGUCGACAUCAAGCUGGGCUUUGGGAGAGGCCGGCACCUGGGCUGUCCGCGGGCCUUCGAUGGGAGCGGGCAGGAGUUUGCACACGCCUGGCGCCUAGGUGACAUUCACUUUGACGACGACGAGCACUUCACGCCUCCCACCAGUGACACGGGCAUCAGCCUUCUCAAGGUGGCCGUCCAUGAAAUUGGCCAUGUCCUGGGCUUGCCUCACACCUACAGGACGGGAUCCAUAAUGCAACCAAAUUACAUUCCCCAGGAGCCUGCCUUUGAGUUGGACUGGUCAGACAGGAAAGCAAUUCAAAAGCUGUAUGGCUCCUGUGAGGGAUCAUUUGAUACCGCAUUUGACUGGAUUCGCAAAGACAGAAACCAAUAUGGAGAGGUGAUGGUGAGAUUUAGCACAUAUUUCUUCCGUAACAGCUGGUACUGGCUUUAUGAAAAUCGAAACAAUAGGACACGCUAUGGGGACCCUAUCCAAAUCCUCACUGGCUGGCCUGGAAUCCCAACACACAACAUAGAUGCCUUUGUUCACAUCUGGACAUGGAAAAGAGAUGAACGUUAUUUUUUUCAAGGAAAUCAAUACUGGAGAUAUGACAGUGACAAGGAUCAGGCCCUCACAGAAGAUGAACAAGGAAAAAGCUAUCCCAAAUUGAUUUCAGAAGGAUUUCCUGGCAUCCCAAGUCCCCUAGACACGGCGUUUUAUGACCGAAGACAGAAGUUAAUUUACUUCUUCAAGGAGUCCCUUGUAUUUGCAUUUGAUGUCAACAGAAAUCGAGUACUUAAUUCUUAUCCAAAGAGGAUUACUGAAGUUUUUCCAGCAAUAAUACCACAAAACCAUCCUUUCAGAAAUAUAGAUUCCGCUUAUUACUCCUAUGCAUACAACUCCAUUUUCUUUUUCAAAGGCAAUGCAUACUGGAAGGUAGUUAAUGACAAGGACAAACAGAAUUCCUGGCUUCCUGCUAAUGGCUUAUUUCCAAAAAAGUUUAUUUCAGAGAAGUGGUUUGAUGUUUGUGAUGUCCAUAUCUCCACACUGAACAUGUAAUAAGAAAAAGUAGGAAAUGGAGAGUCAUAGGACUUCGCUAAAAUUCUGAUAUUGUUUACAAAGAAAACCGGAUUUUCAGUAGCUGAAGAAAAUAUGGCACUGUAAGUUAAAACCCAAUGGGAAAAGCCUUAGUUGAACUUUUAAAAUACUUGAUUUAAAAACAAUUGCUCAGGGAAAACAUAAUUCAUAACCUAAAAGGUUUAAAAAAACAAAAAACCAAAAACUAAGCAUCCAAUGAUCUUUGCCUGCUUUCUACUCUGUGGGGCUCCGCCCAUCCCAACUGCUUGCCCACCUGAUUGAUGGGAGUUGGAAGGGCGGCCAGAGCCCUGAGUCAAGCUAUCAAGGAAGGAGAUGCCACAGAGAUGAUUUUACUGAGGGAUUUAAUGGGAAAGUCACAGAUUCAAAUAAAUUGCCCUCCACAGUCCCUGUCAGAAUGACAUUUCUCUAAAGACAGUGUACAAAAGGUUUUCAUGUGUAUUUGUCUCUUGAUCUUCACAACUCUGUCAGCGUGGCAGGAUGGAUACUACUGUACACAUUUCCAGUCAUAUUAGCCAAAGUUCAUCUGUUUGUAUCCUGCCAAAAGUCAAACCCAGUGGUAGCUCUGGGUCCUCAUCUCCAAAUCCCAGCCCAGGGCCCUCUGCACUUGCUCUGUGUCACUGUGGUGGUCUCGGGCCCUGCAGUGAGUUGCACCCUCUUGUUCGAACACACAGGCCUGCAACCCAAAUGGCCCUGAACAGAACAGCUUUCCUGGUUCACUAUAAUUCAUUUAGUGUUCUCUCCUACCACUUUACAUGACAGUUUACUUAGGUUCUAAAGACCAGACUACCAAAAGGAGACUCUUGAAGCUAGCUGGAUAAUUUUAUUUCUCCAAUAUCAGUUAUAUCUAGGAUAGGCAUUAUAUCCCUUUAACUCUUAUAUAAUAUGGCUAUUAACUCUUAACCCAAACAAAAACCCAAUGUCAUUUGUAAUGAUGUGAACAAAAUCUGAAAUUAGCUGAAAUGGAUUCAGUAGCCUCAAUGAUCAGGCCACAAAUACCAAAUUUCUUCUUCUAAAGGAAUAGCUAAAACACAGGUACUUCAGGAAAUUUUAAGUUAAAAACAGCAAGUUACAAAUAUAUUUUAUAAGGAUCUUUAUUCCCCCCUGUAGGAACUUUCAUGUUAUUGCUUUGACAAAGGAAGAUAACUAGAAUUUAUUCUUACUUGCUUAAGAACAAAUUUUCCUCGUGACUGAAAGGUUGUUUCAACCAAGGAGAGGGGCUGGGAGGAAAGAUAAGCAUCUCUCAUACCCCUAAUCCCAGCUCAUUCCUACCUAAGUAGGAACAUCCUUUUGAAUUCAUUAACCCAAAAGAUACUAUAUCAUCUUUCAUUAUAAUCAACAGAAGUGUCUAGGUUUAUCUAGCAGGGCAAAGACAGUUUUAUGAUGUGUGUACACUUGCUACAAGGGGAAACGGAAUGACAGUGGUCCUGAAAUGAAACAUUGCUGAAUUCGUACAACUGCUUUACAAUUUAGGCAAAACUUUAAAUGUUUCAGUGAUUAAUUGUUGCAAACCGAUACAAAUCUGUUCCAGGGAAAAUGCAAACUAAGUAAACAACAACUAAGUGGACAAAUGGCAAGAGAGAAUUCUGCUAAGCUAUGAUGGAUGUUAACUCACUGUCAGUGGGCUGGGUGUGGUGGCUCAUGCCUAUAAUCCCAGCACUCUGGGAGGCCGAGGCAGGUGGAUCCCUUGAGCUCAGGAGUUUGAGACCAGCUUGGGCAACAUGGCAAAACCCUGUCUCUACUAAAAUACAAAAAAUUAGCCAGGCGUGGUGGUGCACACCUGUAGUCACAGCUACUUGGGAGGCUGAGCUGGGAGGAUCCCUUAAGCCUGGGAGGCAGAGGUUGCAGUAAGCUGAGAUUGUGCCACUGCAUUCCAGCCUGGGUGACAGUGAGACCCUGUCUCAAAACAAACAAAAAAAUCUCAGCCAAUGAAAACACCUGAAAAUCUCUGUAAAAGAGAAAGAAGUCUCUUUUACAUCAUAGCUCUGUAAAAAAUUUGGCUUAAAACUAGGUCUUCUAGACAGUUUUCCAGUAUAGUUGGAAUUCCUUCAGAGGUCUGGCUGGUGUGGGAGCAGGUUCUGGCCACCGUGGAGGGCCUGCAGGGAGCUGGCCGAAUCUCCAGCGCACCUGCCCCCAGGCCUACGCAGCAGACCUACCUACAAUGGUGUCAUGCACAGAAGUCCAGACCUUCACCUCACCUUGAAAGAGCCUGUUUUAUCUGUUACACUGUCUUGAAGUUGAAAAUAUGAAUUAUGAACGAAAACAGCCUUGUGCACUGCAGCCAUUACAAAGAAUAGGGGAUGUUUGUGUGUAACUGGACAAGAGCCAUGUAGCAGCAGCAAUAAGUAAAAUAUUCUAGGGAGAAUUUAGUGGACAGCAGAAUUUUACUUUUAAUGUUUUGAGCUUUGCUUUGUAAAGUUCAUUAAUUUUAGACUGAGUUCAAAUCAAAACUCAAUGUGAAGAAUGGAAAUUGGAAAAAUACAAAGACAUUUUAAAUAAA